AAUCGAACGUCGCGGAGAACACAACGCUGGCGCAGAAUGACGGCCAAGAUUAAGAUGCGAUCUCAGUUGCAUCUGCUGACGGGUUUCAUGGCGGGAUUUGUCCUGGCCUUCGUGCUGCUCCUCUAUGUCUACGAUGUGAGCCGGGUGACGCCAUGUUGGAGCAGUUCCUCGACCAUGUCCACGAUGGCUACGGUGGGAGUGGAAGAUGUCCCGAGCUCCCCAAGGAUACUUUGCAUGGUGCUCACCUGUCCGGAAAACUUGGACAGCUUGGCCAAAACGGUCUACGAUACCUGGGGAAAGCGCUGCAGCCAGCUGAUCUUCGCCAGCAGUGAGGAUUACGAACCACUAGGAGUGGUCAGGGUGGUUGAGCCAGGUGGAGGUGGCUAUGAGGAUCUGUGGAACAAAACCCGCGAGGGAUUCCGCCAUGUUUGGGAACACUACGGUGGGGAUUACGAUUGGUUUCUCAAGGCGGACGAUGAUACAUAUAUGGUCAUGGAGAAUCUACAGCACCUGCUUAGCGCCUUCGAUCCGGAUACACCCGUCUAUUUGGGCUACAAGAUGUCACGAUAUAAUGUGAGUUAUAUGUCUGGAGGUGCUUCGUAUAUUCUGAGUCGUCAAGCACUCCACCGAUUUAUGACGAAAGCCUACGAAUCGGAGGUGAUUUGUCCACAGCCAAAAAAGAUGGGCAUUGAGGACUUUUACAUGGGCAUAUGUCUGCAGAAUGUGGGUGUCCAUUUUGUUGACUCAGCACAGGCUUUGGAUGGGGAUACGAAACCAAAGUUUAUGCCAUUGGACCUGGAGAACUAUUUAAUGGAUGCCAAUUCAACUAUUCCGGAAUGGCUGCGCCUGAUGAGCUUCUCUCAAGUGGAAACUGGCCUGAGAUGUUGCUCCAAUUAUUCUGUGGCUUUCCAUUAUGCCAGUCGCGAACGCAUGUUUCUCUACGAGUUUCUAAUCUAUCAUCUCAAAGUGUUUGGUGCUAACCAGAUAUCAGAAAGAAGUCAUAGCAGUCGAUUAAGCUUAUCUGAUUUGAUGAGUCGAUUUCCCCUGGAAGAUAAUUCCAAUAUAAAAGACUUGCUGCAAAUGUCUGAGAAACCUGAUAAUUUUUAGCUACUUAAUGGUAUUUUUAUUUAAGCUGUUUAGAUUGUAUACAUGUGAUAUGAACUUAUAAAUGUAAAUAUGGAAUUUAAU